CGUGUCAGAAAGACCCGGAAGUUGUCAGUGUGUCUCCAAAAUGGCCUACCAGACCCUCCAGCAGGAAUAUUUACAGAUUCCUGUUGUUACCAGAGCCUACACCACGGCCUGCGUCCUCACCACGGCUGCAGUGCAACUGGAGAUCAUCACACCGUUCCAGCUCUACUUUAAUCCAGAUCUGAUUCUGAGGAACUACCAGGUAUGGCGACUAAUAACCAACUUCCUGUUUUUUGGUCCAGUCGGCUUCAAUUUCCUGUUCAACAUGAUAUUUCUGUACAGAUACUGUCGGAUGCUGGAGGAGGGCUCGUUCAGGGGCCGAACGGCUGACUUUGUCUUCAUGUUCCUGUUUGGUGGCCUUCUCAUGACCAUCUUCGGCAUGUUUGUGAGCCUCGUCUUCCUCGGCCAGGCCUUCACCAUCAUGCUCGUCUACAUCUGGAGUCGAAGGAACCCAAACAUUCGCAUGAAUUUCUUCGGCCUCCUGAAUUUCCAGGCCCCCUUCCUGCCCUGGGUGCUGAUGGGAUUCUCCCUCCUGCUGGGGAACUCCAUCAUUGUCGACCUUUUAGGGAUUGCUGUCGGUCAUGUCUACUACUUCUUGGAGGACGUUUUUCCCAACCAACCAGGAGGAGGAAGGUGGCUGAAGACUCCAUCAAUCAUAAAGAUGCUGUUCGACACCCCAGAGGAAGACGCCAACUACAACCCGCUGCCUGAGGACCGACCCGGAGGCUUCGCGUGGGGCGAGGGUCAGCGCCUCGGAGGGUAAAUCUCCUCCCUGAGUGUCGGAUGGCCUUCAUGGACCUUCCUUGGAGAGAUGAAGGAGACAAAUGUGCUCUUUGUUUUCGACGUGUUUGUUUAGUUCUCGGUGAAGAAUGCCAAACAACCUGAACUGCUUUGAAAGAAAUGGUUUUGUGUUUUUGGGCUUUAAUCAUCUUCAGAAACUCUUGAUGCUGAAUCAUCGCUGUGAGGCCAUUUUUAGAAGAACUGGGGUUUUGGACUACAGACAAACCUUGGACAAUGAGUCUGUGGGGCUCACAUGAUGUUUGUCAUCAUCUCAGAUUAAAAUAUUGACGUGUGGAAAAAAUGACAAAAUUUAAAUAUAAAACAGAAUUUAUCCAAUGAUGAGUCUUUCUUUUUCAUUUCACUUUUUAAACAAAUAAAUGUGUGCAGCAAAUGUU